UAAACCAAUUUAAAACCCGUCUCUGGAAGGUUUUAAUCAUCUGGGGAACAUCCACGAAUGCACAGCAGUAAUUUUGGUUUGCAAAAGUCACGUAGACGAAGAAAUUGCACAGUAAUCAACACAAAAAAACCAGUGGUAAAAUACGAGACUUAAAACGUAAUUUGCGAGAUUUUCAAAUUCGUAAAUUGACGUCUAUAAAAAUUACGUAAAUUACGUAAUCAUAAUCUACUAUUUUACAAUUAGUUUUUUCUGUGCGAAGUGAGAAAAGUUCAAAAUUUGUGUGAACCCUAAGAUCGUAUUUUCAGAGAAAUAAAAUUGGAACCCCCUGGACAGAAUUCUAUCUCGCAGGUGCGAAGUUUAGGAGACCCCAUCUGAACGUGAUGGACACCGUUCCAUUACCCUCCACGUCCUUCCAAUCACUGACCAAGGGCCUGUUUUUUCCCGAGCCCCCGAGAAACACAAUAACAUCAUCAUGGAAAUUCUCGGAGGUGUUCAAGCCCAGAUAUCUAAAGCCCAAAAUUCCCCCGCGUUUCAAACGAUCAACAGACAACCUCCACCCGACUCCAGUUCCCAAUCAUCCACCCAAAUCCAAAAUAGGAAAGAGGUAUUCGAAUCUAGAGUUUGUGGGGGUGAAACCGGACGUCUUAUAUCGUCACCCGGAAUUGAGCCUCGAGGAUCAGCCGAAAUAUCCCAACUUCCAGAGUAAAAAGAUCUCCCAAAGGGUCGCAGUACCUAGUGAAUCAUUCAGGAGAGCGUCGUCAGGACUGAAGGAACCGAUCAGAGUUCUGCAACUUCCAAAAGACAGGACGUCACUUCGAGAAUCUGCGGAGCCGCUCCCAAAACACGCGGAGGUGCUUCCAAAAGCCGUAAAGUCGCUUCCAAAAGGCCCGAUGCCGCUUCCCUACAUCAAAGUCAUCCAGGACUGCAACGAGACUUCACCAAUAGAGAUAUCAGACCUGAAUGCUCCGGUGGAUCCGACUAAAUUCCUGGGGAGAAUCGUCGUCCCGGAAACGGAUCCUUCCAACGUUAGCGAAGAGCCUCAGAAGAUCAGUCUCGAGACAAAGGAGUCGAACGGCACUUACGUGAGUCUCCAGGAUCACCAGGCAGUCAUCAAUAGCUCUCCACAACAGGACAAUCCACCUGACAUAUCUCCUUACAAUCCUGCGAAUAUUCCGUACGUCGAAGUGCCGGAUUACACCGACAGACGGGAGGAGAGUCUGGACGACAACGACCGCCUCUCCAAGGACAAAUCCGCCGGUGACAGUGAUCUGGACAACGAUGCUGUUGACCCUGGAGGGCAGCCACUUGAAGAAGGAGAAGGAUCUUCAUCGUUUGGUGGGAGGGAAAGUGAUGGAGCCCGUGAGGAUCUUAGUGUUGGAAAAAAACUGGCCAAUGACUCGGCAGAUACGUCUCGAGGAAGAAGUGAUACCGGAAGGAGUGGUAAGGACAGCGAGUUGACUGUGAGGCCGGAGGAGGAACGACCGAUUAAACAUUCGAGUCGUGAAGACAAAGGUGAAGAGCCAAGUGGGGCUAAUUUUUAUUCUAAAAAUAUCACAGGAUCAGCUGAGGAGGAGCCGAUUUCGUUCGAUAUCGAGGACUACGCGAAGCCUUUUGAUCUCGACAGAUUUAUCGAUGAGCUGUUUCAUCGAGAUGGGAGGAAACAUAAAGAGUCAAGGGUGAAAGCAUCGAGGAGAAAACCUGGUGAUGAGGGUGAGGGUGAGGGUGAGAGUGAGGAUGAGGUUGACGAGGAGCAAUUCAGGGAUUUUUAUGAUUCUGGAGAUGAUAGCGGGUCUGGACGAAGUGAUGAGUCUGAAGGAUCUGGAGAUGAACGUCAGGAGUCGAAGGCACAUACAGGAGGGAACGAGGAGUAUCAGGAUGAGCUGCAGGACUACUUCGAGUCCGCCGAGACUAGGAACGAAGCUGUCUACGCAGCUGCUGAUGAUCAUCACCGGGAUCAGUCUAGUGAUGAUGUCAAUCCCAAAUUCCAGACGCGUCAAGUGGACGGAGACAGAGAAGUGAAGGUUGAUGGACAGAGAGUGAGAAAGUUCUUAUCGAAACUGCCUCAAUACGAAGACCAGAGGGAUAAGAUGAAGGGGAGGGACGAGGGGAAUAAUCGGGGAAAAUACUACAAACACUGGGUCCUGGAGUACAACUUCCCCUCGAGUAAAGGUGAAAAAAAUUGGGUGCGUGGAGUUCCGCACGGAACAAAUGAAACAUCUUAGUGAUACUCGAAGAAAUCCAUGUAAUUUAAUAUAAGAUAAAAUUUAUUAGGAAUAAAUCUCUCAAAAAAAGAUCUCCGGAAAAUUGCCCUCCAAAAAUUCGAAGAGAAAAUUUUGAAAAACAUUUUUUUCAAGUGAGAUAAAUUGCUGUUCUCUUUCCGAGUGGCGUUAGACGUUCAACGCUAUUCAUCCCCAGUGAAGUGUUGAACGUUUAACACAACCUUUUCCGAAAUCGCCUAAGAAAUUUCACAUUAAAAAAUCCAAAGCUCGUAACGGAUGAUGCGGUGGAUUCACAGUCGCAAGGUCUCUUCCUGACUGCUGAUAAAUUGUUAAUAAAUACAUCGUGAUAGCCAAUCACUGUUGAGUAAUACAAUGUUGUUUAUAAUCUUUAUCUAGAGUUAAUGCCAACAUUUUGAUUAAUAUGGUUGGUGUAAGGGUCACCAUUAUUUCCGUAUUCGACGUGACUAAAUUAAAACCCGGAAGUUGGUGAUAAUUUAUUCAAUUCAUCCAAGGAAAUAAAUAUUCUGCUGUGAAUGAUCGGUGUGAGAACUGAUGGUAUGAUUCUGGCGGAGAAAUAAUAAAUCGCCCGAAGUAAAAGAAUUGGGAUAACGGUUCUUCCCAAAAAAAAUUC